CGCUCACACCCUCAAAUCUUACCAAGCUCAGCUCUCCCUGCUCAGAGGCAGACAGGAGCAGCACGGCAGCCUGUUAAAGGAGUUGAGGGAAGGAGCAGCGGCAGUCGGAGUCAGAGAGAGAGAGAAGGGAGGAGGGGGAUGAAAGAGUGAAGCAAAGCAGAGAGAGCACUGUUCCCCAUAUGCUGAGGAAGAAGGGCAUGGGCGGCUAAACAAGCUGCCCCCACUAAAGCCUCCUGACUCAUGGGAGCGUCGAUCCCCGGGGAGCCUGGAAACGAACCAAAAAGGAGGAGAGAGAGAGAAAAAAGUCCGAGAGAGGAGACGAGAGAAGCCACAACGGUAGGCUGUCCCGCUCGACUGCUGUGCCGUGAUGACGUCAGGGGGCAUGUGACCCAGGCUCUCCAGUGACGGCACAUGGAGGGCAGGAAAGAGACGAGUUUUAAAGCUGGUGCCUUUUGGGUUGUGUGAGGGCUCUGCUCGCCUCCCAAACAACCACAGAACCACAGACGUGCGGCUCGGGGUUGGUGUUUGAGGGCGACCCGGAGUGUAAAUGGUUAAUCGUCGCGGGCCAGCACCAGUCACAAGGACGGCGCUAAGCGAGUAAGACGUGUCAAGGGUCACGGAAACCACAGAGGAACAAAAGUGGGGCUUGCUGCGACCAGAGGCAGCUAUGGCAUCUAACAGCCUUUUCAGCACAGUGACACCAUGUCAACAAAGCUUCUUCUGGGAUCCCAGCGCCAGUCGGAGGUUCAGUCCGCCGUCCAGUAGCCUCCAGCCGGUCCCAGGGAAGAUGAACGAUGUGAGCUCUCCAACCGGGCAGCCGGAAGCAGCGGCGGCGGUGCCAAGACUGCGUCCCCACGAAAACCGCAGCAUGGCCGAGAUCAUCGCCGACCACCCGGCCGAGCUGGUUCGGACCGACAGCCCCAACUUUCUGUGCUCGGUCCUUCCCUCCCACUGGCGGUGCAACAAGACGCUGCCUGUCGCUUUUAAGGUGGUCGCCCUGGGAGACAUACCUGACGGGACGGUUGUCACGGUAAUGGCGGGUAACGACGAGAACUACUCGGCCGAGCUGCGGAACGCCUCAGGUGUGAUGAAGAACCAAGUAGCACGAUUCAACGACCUUCGCUUCGUGGGCCGCAGUGGCAGAGGCAAGAGCUUCACACUGACAAUCACAGUAUUCACCAACCCACCACAAGUGGCCACUUACCACCGAGCCAUAAAGGUCACCGUGGACGGACCGCGUGAGCCCAGGAGGCAUCGCCAAAAGCUCGAGGAUCCUCCCAAAACCGGCCUGUUCUCGGACCGCCUCAGCGAGCUGGAGAGGAUGAGGGUGAGAGUCACGGUUCCCACUCAGGCUCCCCGACCGACUCUCAACACGGCGGCAAACUCCUUCAACCCGCAGGGACAGACACAGAUAACAGACCCUCGUCAGUCCCAGUCCUCUCCUCCCUGGUCAUAUGAACAGACGUAUCCAUCCUACCUGAGUCCCAUGGCGUCCCCCUCAGUCCACUCCACCACCCCUCUAUCCUCCAGCCGAGGCACGGGCCUGCCUGCCAUCAGUGACGUGCCUCGACGAUUGCCAGGUUCGUCCGACCUGAGUCCGUUCCCCGGUCAGUUCGAGCGUCAGUUCCCGGGUCUGUCCUCCCUGACGGAGAGCCGCUUCUCCAGCCCUCGCAUGCACUACCCGGCCACCUUCACCUACACGCCGCCCGUCACCUCGGCCAUGUCGCUGGGCAGCGCUCACUACCACACCUACCUUCCUCCUCCGUACCCGGGCUCCACCCAGAGCCAGAGCGGCCCCUUCCAGACCAGCAGCACGCCAUAUCUCUACUACGGCGCCUCCUCCAACUCCUACCAGUUCUCCAUGGUCCCCGGCGGCGACCGCUCUCCGUCCAGGAUGAUCCCGCCUUGCACUAGCGCCUCCACCGGCACCUCCCUGGUCAACCCCAACCUGCCCAGCCAGACGGAGGGAGGCGUGGACGGAGACGGGAGCCACAGUAACUCCCCGACCGUCCUCAACCCCGGAGGUCGCAUGGAUGAAGCGGUGUGGAGGCCAUAUUGAAGGAGGAGGGAUGAGGAGGCAACUGAUGUCAUGGUUUGAAAGCACAAAACCUUUUUUUUAUAGUGAAAAAAGGGGAUUUUUGAGCUCUCAUCACCUGUCUCUACCUUUUGCUUGGAAAUUAAGAUUGAGAUUUACAGAAAGAAAAAAAAGACCAGACUUGUAUGGACUCGUCUUCCUGGAAUGUGUUUUUGACCAAAGGCACUACAAAGGGAGUCAUUCUCACAGCAAUAAUGAGAAAGACGAUUUUUUUUCCUUUCUGGUUUACUAGGCCCGAGUGGAUGAGACUUUAUUUCCAUUUUAUUCUAGUCCACGAGCUAAGGGAUGCUUCAACACACAAUAUUUGUAAAAGACUGCCUCUUUUGUAUAGUGUUUGUAUUUCAUUACGGCUUUUUUGCAGAGCAUGUUUUUGUACUACGACAAUAUCAAGAUGCAAGUUAAGCACUGAGUAGCAAGAUAAGAGUGACACAUAUGUUACCUUAAAGUGGUGUGGACAGUAAAUUUGCUUUAAACCGAUUAAUUUAACUUGUAUAUUGUGGGUGAAACGAUGUAGAUUGAGGCGUUUUUUUUCUUAGUUUUAACUUAUAAAGCCAUAAAUUAUGUAUUGUAUUUGAAACUUGAGUCAAAGAAGUGUAAUCUGAAUAUUUUUGAUGCAUCUAUAUGACUAAGUUAAAAUGAUUUUUUUUGAUAGGUAAUUUAAGAGAGUAAGAGGUUUAAUUUUUUUUUUUUUGUAGCACCCAAAGAUUUAAAUCGUUUCGAGUAUGAAAUGUAAUUUCCAAAGAGUAUUGCAACAUGUUUCUUCUGGUGUAACUUUUAGUUUAACUGCUCUACACAUUAAGAGCCCAACAUCCUCGCUGGGCGUUGACACACAUUUGGCUCGGAAUUAAAACUUUGGUAUUUAUUGAGCAAUAACUCGUAUUGUGCCUCUUGGCAACAUACCGUGAAAGAGAGCUUCAAUGGGGGAAAAAUAAUUAUCCGUUGGGGGAAAUUCUGCUUGAUUUCUUUACUCUGUCUCAUCUGACAUGCACACAGAUACUCAUGUGUUUUCUAAUCCAAAUACGAAAUGGUACAUUUACACACGAAUUGACACUCAGCCCAAAGAUGAUUAGAGCGCUGCCACGCAUGGUGGUGCACUUUAAAGCAGCAGGUCAGACUUUCAGGUCCGGUUAUUUUGUGAUACAUGAACUCCUCAGGACUGGAAUGAUCCUCGGAUGAUCCCACAGAUUUGCUGUAUCUGCAUUUCUUUUUUCAUAUCCAGCCUGGCUGAAAGCUCUGUGCAGAUUAUAGCUUCAACAUGCCAAGUCUAUUAUAGCUUUCAUAUCAUGUGCAAAAGAUAGCUUUGAAAAAGUUUGUCUUACUUAGUGUGUCACACACACAGGUUUGUUUUUUGUUUUUUCUCUUUCGGUCUUUGAGAUUGAAAAGGAAAAUCUCACAGUUAAAGAGAGAAGAGACUGUGACAUUCCUUUAUUUAUUGUGUUGCUAUCGUUGGCUUGUUUUGCCAGAUAGAUUUGUACCCUCCUCGCCGACUCAUGUCGCAGCCUAAAAAUCACUCUGUGGCCGAGGAGAGUCUGAAUUUACCAAGUGAGAUUCUAAAAAGUGUUGGAGUUAAAGGAAAAAAGUGCAAAAACUGACGUGAUUGGAUUCAGCUGCUGGCAGCAAACUGGUAACCAAAAAAUAUGGGAGACUUGUGUAUGUUUGUUUCAUAGAGCACUUAUUUCUUGUUUUAUUUCUAGCAGCACUUGCGGCGGGCUGCCAGCAGGGCUCGUGGUUUUGGUCCUCGGUGCAGAUAUAACGCCACUGGAGUCGCACACACACACACACGCACACACGCACACACACACAUGCACACACAGAAUGGAUAACACUUGGCCAAACAAGCCAUUUACAUUGGAGCUGAAUCUGAUCUCACAAGGCAGUUGGCAUUUGUUUGAAAAAAGCUUUUCUUUUCUUUUUUUUUGCUUUUGGUACAAUAUGAUAUUCAGUGCAUGUAGGUAAUAUAAUAACCCAGUUUGAAAAAGCUGAGAAAAACACGGCCCUGUCCAAGGAUCAGACUUCAAACUUUUCACUGAAGGUUUGCACGCAGAGGAUGUUCUGAACUCGGUUAAUGGAAUUGAACAUGUCACACUACAUUUCCCUGACUGCUCCAGCCCAAAAAGAAAAGUAUUUUUGCUGUUACAGUGAGAAAGCAAAUAAAAACCUUUUCGAUUUUUGUGAUUUUAUAGCAUUUUCCUGAUGACAAUUAUAUCCAGUGUCUCCAUAAUAACUAUGCACAUCUGUUGGAAUUUAUUUAACCUUCUUUUCUUUUCAACCUUUGAACAGGAAAAACUGUUUACACACCGACGCAGCACUGACAUCCCGUUCUGUCCUCAUCUGCUUUUGUUUGUGUUGUUUUUUUUCCUCCUCAGAAAACUCUUUUUUUUUGUUUGUUUCAGUGUGUUGCGUACAAACUGUCAUUAAAAACCUUGUAUUAUUUAAUGAUCAACAUGUAUGAUAUCCAGGAAUUGUACUUUACCUUUGCUCUUAUGUAAAGUUUACUUGUUAUUUCUAUUGCUAUGCUUCUUCUCAUGAACACUUGUCAGGAAACUGAAUCUGACGGAGACUCCGUUAGAUUUUGCUGGUACGUUUCAUUAAGAUCAUAAGGUGUUUUUUUUGUUUUAUUUUUUGUUUUGUUUUUUUUAAAGGGACAAACAGACCUGACAACAGUGAGUGAAAUUGGCAUUGUGAUUGUACAUUUUGUUUAUUUUAAGAAUAAAAUAGGAAUUUUGUAACUUAA